CCUCCUCCUCCUCCUCCACCUCCCCCUCUUUUCGGCCCACCGGCGCCACCUCCUCCGCCCCUGGCGCCCGCCCUUGGCGGGAAGCCGCUGACCAGAGGGUCUAGGGCGAGCUCCAGGAUGCGCAGUUUUAACUGGGAAGCCAUUCCCCAGGCCACCGUGCUGGGCAAACACAACAUUUGGACUGCCGAGAAGAAGAAGGAGUACGAGCUCGACACCCAGAGGAUGGAGGAGCUCUUCAGUCAGAGAGAGCAGGCCGGGGGUGUGAGCCGGGGCUCCGUACGUCGGAACAGAGGCGCACCGAGCAGCGGCCAGGCAGCGGAAGUGGUGGCUAUUCUCAACCCCAAGAAAAGCAUGAACAUUGGCAUUUUCCUCAAGCAGCUCAAGAGGUCCGUGAGCGAAAUGAUAGAGGACAUCUUCAAAGGCAGGACUGGAGCCUUUGGUUCUGGGAAACUGGAAGAACUGUUCAAACUGCUACCUGACACUGGAGAGGUGAGACAACUUCUUGCUUUUAAAGGAGACUGCUCAGGCCUCACUGAAGCGGAUCAGUUCAUGGUACAGCUUGUAAAGGUCCCAAGCUAUGAAGAACGACUUAAGUGCUUAGUCGUGAAAGAUGAAUUUCCGCAUUUUAUGGAGGAGGUGAAUCACUCCAUCGCCAUCAUGACUGCUGCAGGGGAAGAGCUGCUGGACUGUGCUGACCUCCACUCCAUUAUCCGCCUGGUGUUAAAGACUGGGAACUACAUGAACUCUGGGGGCUAUGCAGGCAGUGCAGUGGGCUUUCGCAUGACAUCACUGCUGAAGCUGGCCGACACAAAGGCCAACAAGCCAGGAAUGAACCUGAUGCACUACGUGGUGAUGCAAGCACAGAAGAGUGAUCCCGCCCUGCUGCAGUUCCCCGACCUGCUCCCACACGUUGGAGAUGCAGCAAGAAUCCAUAAACAGGAAAUCGAGUUAGAGUUCCAAAAGAAAGUGCGUGAGGUCCAGGAGGUAAGGAAUGCUGCGGAUAAACAGGCUGACCUGGCCACGCAGAUGAAAGACUUUUUUAAGCAUGCCGAGUCCGGAAUUGCCAAAACAGAGGACUCCUUCAAACGCCUAAACGAGAUCACGGCGUCCGUGGCUGACUACUUCUGCGAGGAUCCGGGGGAGUUUAAACUGGACGAGUGCUGCCUCAUCUUCCACUCCUUCUGUGAACGGUUCAGGCGAGCUCUUCAGGAGAACACGGAGCGUGAAAUGGCCGAAGUGAGGCGGAGACAGCGGGAGAGACUGGAGUCUGCAUCCAAGCGUCGGUCAAUUGCCACCUGCUCCGCACGAGACAAGGACAUGGAGGGGGUAGCGCUGGAGACGGUUCUCCAAAAGUUCCUCACUGCCCCUGGGUCCAGCAGGAGAUCCAGGACACCCUCUCCAACAGCGAUGGGGCUGAGACUCGCCGAGAUCACUUCGCAAGACAACUGUCUCUCCAAAGCAUCCAAAAAGCCCAGCAAUGCCAUAACCAUGUCCCAGAAUUCCUCAGAUAAGGAGAACGUGGAGGACAGUAUGGAGGUAACUUCUAAAAAGCCAGAGACCAAAAUUUCAAGUCCUUCGUGGAAAAAGGCUGGGAACAGCCCUGCACCGAGUCAGCGAGUGUCUGUGGCAGCAAAUGAGGAUGAGGAGAGUCAAACGACAGCGGAAGAGGCACAAAAACUAAGGGAAGUGUCACAAAAGGUGCUACGUUACCAGUCCAGCCGAGGGAGCAUGUCCUCAGGUGAGUACCUUUCCCCACUCACCUCUCCAUGCAAGCGGACCUUCCAGGACCGGGAGAGACUACUGUCUGUUUCCACCGGCGGGGACGCCCCCAAACCUAACAUAAGCCCGCUGAUUCUGUUGGAGAUAAGCACUGACAAGCUCAACCGCCGACACACCAUCGCCCUGCCCACGAAGGCCUCGCUAGGAAGCGAACAUGAGGAAGACCUGUUUGUACCCGGCGAGCCUGCAGAUAGGCGCCCGUCUGGAGAUCAGGUUCUGCCUUUGGGAAACAUCGUGAGGAUGAAGUCUGUGGACAGCUGCCUUUCUCCCAUGAACCCGGAAGCCACGUCAGAGUUAGUUAUGGAUGUAUCUAAUGGAGUGGCAGUGGGUGCUUGGAGUGGCCCGGGCACGCCGGCGCAGUCGGGCACACCGGCACAUAUGGGCACGCCGGCACAGGCAAGCACACAGGCACAGUCUGGCAUGCCGGCACAGGCGAGCACGCCGGCGCAGACGGGCACGCUGACACAGUCUGGCAUGCCGGCACAGGCGAGCACGCCGGCGCAGACGGGCACGCUGACACAGUCUGGCAUGCCGGCACAGGCGAGCACGGCGGAAGUGAAAGCAAAGCCCGAGGAAAGCUGGCCCGACUCACGGCGGGGUAACACUUCCCGAAGCAGCCAGAGCAGAGAACUCUCUCGCUUCUUGUCUUUCUUUAAGCGCUUGGGCGAAAAAGGCAGGUCAAGCAGCAAAGAGACGGAAUCCAGCAGCGUGGACCCAUAACAAGAAGAGCUGCCACUGAAGAAAGAGUCUCAGUGCUCCUUCUCCAUUCCGUCUCUUCAUGUGACAUGGAUGUCACUGGGGAAAAAAAAACUGAAGAGGUGCGAUGUACUUUUUUUUUCAUGUCCUGAAAAGUGAACAAUAUGAAUGAUACUGUAAAGGUGGUGAUGCACAUGCAAAAAGAAGGCAUAGACUGGUAACGUUUAAUUUAUUACAGUGAAGUAUAGGGACAUUACAAAGCUGCAAUUCCACCAAUGUUUCACUUGGCUGCACUGUUUGACAAAAAUGCCCUCAUUGUAACAGGCACUAGCUCAGUGGGAAAAUUACAAUGGCUCCUUUCAAUAAAAUAGACUUCAAUAAUUGCAA